CGCUGUCAUCCCAGCGGGGCCGACAGCCCGCCAGCAGUCACCUGGGGCCGUCCGAGCUGCUCUGCGCGCGCUGCGGCUCGACAAUGACAUGGCUGCGCUUCUCGCGCACGGAGCUCUCGCCGAUGCCGCAGCAGAUGUCCUCGCGCAAGCGGUUGCUGUCGACUCGGCCCGCGGCCGAACGGCGACGGCGGACCUGGACUGGCGGCGAGUUCGCCGGUCGACUCUUGCGGCGCUCGUCUCGGACGACAUCCCCUUCCUUCUCUGGGCGCGGCUGCUGCACGAGGCGUCGCACCGCUAUGUGCUCGCCGCACGCCGAGUGCUCUCUCCGCCGCUCGCUCGCGCGCUGACCCACCCGGCGAGCCUCGCCGCCACGAAGGCGCUCCUCUCGCAGAUAGUCUACGAGUCCGCCACCGCCGUCGCCUACCUCGGCCUCCAGGCGUACAUGCGCGGCGGUGGGGCAGCGGAGGCGUGGGCGGAGGUCCGCGCCAAGUUCUGGCGUGUGUGGGUCGACGGCCUCGCCUUCUUCUCCGCCACGUACCUCGUGGUCUUUGCGCUGCCUCACUACUCCAUGCAAGUCGUCGUCGACAACAUCGCCAGUCUCGUCUUCAACAUGUACCUCUCGCACGUCUCGCACAGGAAAAGAGGCCCUCCGGUCCCUCACUCAAACUCCUUCUGUCCUCGGUGACGAGAAACGGGAUCUAUUGUCUCUCGUCCUACCAGCUGUGUGCGAGACUCUCACUUUUGUUGUCUGACCCCCGGUGGUCGCUAGACGCCACACACUGGACGAGGCAAAGAGUGAAAACAAAUA